ACGUCAUCCAGCCAGCCCAGCCUCGCCUGUGCAAGCGAAGGCAGGAGCGGCGCAGAGCCCUGGCGCACUCGCCCUGCCUGCUUGCCUGCCCGCCUGCGCACCCGCCUGCCGCCGCUCGCUCCCGUCCCCCCUUCCUGCCUUUCUCGCCAUUAGGAUCGGCUGAACGAUGCGAUCGCUCGCGGCCAUCGCCGCUGCCGCCGCCGCCCAUUAGAGACCCCCACGUUAGGGGGAGAGGGAAGGGGGGGAGAGAGAGCGCCUCGCCGUCGGAGUCAUCGAGGCAGGAAUUCCGAAGAAAUCUUGCAAGAGGGGCGCGGAAAAAACCCACCUCCCUGUCUCUCUCCAGCCUGCUCGCGUCAAAGGAGACAGAGCGCAGCGGUCCUCGGCCCCGGCUCCCCGAAGAGGCCACCGCGGUCUAGAGGAGGAGAGAUCGCCUUUUGGUACUGAGAGAGAGAGAGAGAGAGAGAGAUUUGGGGCAAGACAUCUCCGCCCUCUCCCUGCGAACCCCCCACCCGCCGCCGCCCCCAGCAGCGCCUGCAGCCCCCCCCCAAGGCUCGGAUCUGGCUGUGGAUGCAUUGAUUUGCUGGAGCUACGGGGACGCAGAGUCGGGAAGGAGGAAGAAAGGAAGAUCGCGGGGGGGCCGGCAGCCAGAGGCGGAGGACAGAGAGAGAGAGAGAAAUACAUUUUUUCUCCCUCUCCUGGGGCUUUAUUUUUAAAACCUCAUCCGCCUUCCGUUCCUUGCUUUUCUGUUGUGCUCCUUGUUGGAUCGCGAUUCAUUGAUUUCCCAUCCCCUGCUUUUCCCGGGUUUUUUUCCCUCCCCCAUUCUUGGAGUGUCUGGGGAAAAAAGGGGGCGGGGGUGGGGACCAGAGAAGUGUCCACCAGCCCAGGAGAGCGCCUUUUUCGCGGCCACCAUGGGAUGUACCCUGAGCGCGGAGGAGCGAGCCGCCUUGGAGAGGAGCAAAGCGAUUGAGAAGAACCUCAAGGAGGAUGGCAUCAGCGCGGCCAAAGACGUCAAACUGCUCUUGCUAGGGGCUGGGGAAUCUGGGAAAAGCACCAUCGUCAAGCAGAUGAAGAUUAUCCAUGAAGAUGGCUUCUCCGGUGAAGAUGUGAAGCAGUAUAAGCCCGUGGUCUAUAGCAACACUAUUCAAUCACUGGCGGCAAUUGUCCGUGCCAUGGACACUUUGGGCAUUGAAUAUGGUGACAAGGAGAGAAAGGCUGACGCAAAGAUGGUCUGUGACGUCGUCAGUCGGAUGGAGGACACAGAGCCAUUCUCUCCAGAGCUCCUUUCCGCAAUGAUGAGACUUUGGGCAGACUCUGGCCUCCAAGAAUGCUUCAACCGCUCCCGAGAAUAUCAGCUCAACGACUCUGCUCAGUACUACCUGGACAGCUUAGAUCGAAUCGGGGGUGCUGACUACCAGCCGACAGAGCAAGAUAUCCUUCGAACCAGGGUCAAAACAACUGGCAUUGUAGAAACCCAUUUCACGUUCAAAAACCUCCACUUCCGGCUGUUUGACGUUGGAGGUCAGAGGUCAGAACGCAAGAAAUGGAUUCACUGUUUUGAGGAUGUCACAGCAAUCAUUUUCUGUGUCGCACUGAGCGGGUAUGACCAAGUGCUCCAUGAAGAUGAAACUACGAACCGCAUGCAUGAGUCUCUAAUGCUCUUCGACUCCAUCUGUAACAACAAAUUCUUCAUCGACACCUCCAUCAUUCUCUUCCUCAACAAGAAAGACCUGUUUGGUGAGAAGAUCAAGAAAUCACCGCUGACCAUCUGCUUCCCUGAAUAUACAGGUCCCAACACAUAUGAGGAUGCUGCAGCCUAUAUCCAAGCACAAUUCGAAAGCAAAAACCGCUCGCCCAACAAGGAGAUUUACUGUCACAUGACAUGUGCGACAGACACAGGCAACAUCCAGGUGGUCUUCGAUGCUGUCACCGACAUCAUCAUUGCCAACAACCUCCGAGGCUGCGGCUUAUACUGACCUUCUCUCCCUUUACUUCAUCCCAUCCUGUAUA